GUCUCUUAGCGAUGCAAUAAGUUGGUCCAAAGAGGCAGCCGGCAUUAUAAAAAGGUAUGUUGUUGGGUAAUCGAAGUCCACCGGCUAUGACCCCACUUGAGCCUUGUCGUGUUGCCCCUUACAUAAAUGUGUCCGGCAUGCGCACCACAUCGUUGCCAAAUUUGGAUGCAACUUCAACUACAACUCUUCCAAGUAUAACAAUAAGUUCAAGCAAGAUUGUUGCCGAUUUAUCGAAAACUUCAAUCUCACAUUCUGCAGUACAACAUUUUUCGAAUACAGUGGCUGCAGCAGCUGCCUUCUCAGCUUUCGAUCCUGCUAUUAUUUCUGUGGCCGUUCAUCAGUAUGCAGCGGCAAUUACAAGUGGAAACGGAAGACCGUCUGGAUUUUUUUCACUUCAGCAAUACCCACUUUAUCUAGCAGCUUUUUCUGCAAUACAUAAUAAAGAUUCCAGUAUUGCAGACUUACGAAUGAAAGCUAAGAAACAUUCAGAGUCUUUAGGUCUCGCAACGGAUCUUAUACUAUAAUGCCAACCAACUUGAUAUUUAAGAUGUCAUAUAAAAUAAAAAAAAAA